UCUUUGUUGAAAUUAUCAGAGUACGUGUGAGUGCAGUAGCACGUCCAGCUAGAGGCGUCGGUUAAGGUCGUUGUCGUCGCGAAGACUUUUGUGUUGCUGCCAGCAAGUUAAUUCACAACAGUGUCGUCUGCUCAACGACAGCUCAGCGCUAGCUACAAGGAGUAAUUUGGAUUAUACCCUCUGAAGCACAAUACAUAGACCGUGAGUGGGUCAUCAGGCAGUCUCCCUAUGUCAGGCCGAAAAGGGUCUGCAAGUGAUGCAGACUGCCGGAUCACUGAGGACUGCCGUGUCCCAGAUGUUGAGCUGAUGGAGCUUGGGCCGCUCCUGGAGGAGGGAGGAGGGCGCCAGGCAGCCUCUAGUAAUGCUCAUCCAGAGGGAGCAGCAAUGCUUGGUGAUGAGGAAGAGGAGGAUGAUGAUGUAGGAGAGGUCCUGACCCUACCACUACAAGCUCAUCAUGCAAUGGAGAAAAUGGAGGAAUUUGUACACAAGGUUUGGGAGGGGCGUUGGAGGGUCAUUCCUUUUCAUGUCCUGCCAGAGUGGUUAAAGGACAACGAUUACCUCCUGCACGGACAUCGGCCCCCUAUGCCCUCCUUCCGGGCCUGCUUUGGAAGCAUUUUCAGAAUUCACACUGAGACAGGAAACAUCUGGACUCACCUGUUAGGGCUGAUCUUAUUUCUUUGCCUGGGCACUUUAACCAUGCUGCGACCCAAUAUGUAUUUUAUGGCCCCACUGCAAGAGAAAGUGGUGUUUGGGAUGUUCUUCCUCGGGGCUGUGCUCUGCCUCAGCUUCUCCUGGCUUUUUCAUACCGUAUACUGCCACUCUGAAAAAGUGUCUCGCACCUUCUCCAAGCUUGACUAUUCGGGCAUUGCCCUCCUCAUCAUGGGCUCCUUCGUGCCGUGGCUGUACUACUCAUUCUAUUGUUCCCCUCAGCCACGACUUAUCUACCUCACCAUUGUAUGUGUCCUCGGCAUUGCUGCCAUCAUAGUGGCCCAGUGGGACAGGUUCUCUACACCUCGUCACAGACCUACUAGAGCAGGUGUGUUCAUGGGUCUAGGACUAAGUGGCAUUGUCCCCACCAUGCACUUCACUAUUGAAGAGGGCUUUGUUAAGGCUACCACGGUUGGCCAGAUGGGUUGGUUCUACCUGAUGGGUGCCAUGUAUAUCACUGGUGCAGGUCUUUAUGCAGCUAGGAUCCCUGAACGCUAUUUUCCUGGAAAAUGCGACAUCUGGUUCCAUUCUCAUCAGAUAUUUCACGUUCUGGUUGUGGCAGCAGCAUUCAUCCAUUUCUAUGGCGUUUCCAACCUGCAGGAAUUUCGUUACGGCCUUGAGGGAGGAUGCACAGAUGACUCUCUACUCUAAGAGCCCUGACUGUGACUUACUCAUACUUUUCUUUACACCCCUACAACAUACAGAAACAUUACACAAACAUUUGAAAUGCUGCUGGAAUUCAAUGUAGUAAUUUUUCUUCUUUGUGUUCUUCUGAUUUACUAACAUCUUUGGAUUUGUGGUCUUUCUGCAUUGGCUCUUUUUUUGCUCCAAUAAAGUAGCAUCAACUAGCCAAUGAACAAAGGAGGGAAUCUUCCAGGCACUACUUCUAUAUUUAUAAGGCUUGAAGUAUGUUUUUUUCAAGUAAGGUCACAUAACUAUUGAGAAAUAUUCUUUAGUCACUAGUAGCACAAGGUUUGUUUGCUUCAGGGCCUGGAUACCUAUUUGCUUUGGAGAGCAUGAAGAUACACACUUAGAGUGUCCAUAUACACACUUUAAGUGUGUAUGUUUGCCACCAGAUGUAUUUAACUAUGUUGACACUUAAGAUGCAGCUGUCUCUGAAAUCCCAAAUGAGCAACACAAACUUAACGAUGCCCACUCUGCAAUAAAACUGAGCUGUGUCUUGAAAGCCCAUUGAGGAAAAAAUAAACCCAUGAAUGUGAUCUACAGAUGUGUUUGAAUCACACAAGGGGUUGAUAUUUCUCAGUAUCUCCAAAUUUCGUAUUGCAAUUCAUAGAGGUUUCUUUUUUGACUUUUAAUGCAUUACUUAAACUGAAAUAAGUCCCCAAACUGGUAUUAAAGUCAUUACAUGGCACAGAAAAGCUGUAAAAAUGUGCAGCUGCUGUGAAAAACUACAUAGGGUUGGUUCACGUACAUGCUUAAUAUGUUGACAUGAAAAGAGCUCCCUUGCUAUCAUUACUUCAUAUGUAAUAAUGAGUCACCAAACAUCACUAUUUCACUUGUAGUUUUUGGGCCACGCACAAUGAACAGCUCCGCAUUGCUCAGAAUAGCAUUUGUUAGAUAGAUCUUUAUUGUGCUAGGUUUCACAUGAAAUGAGAGGUGUAAAUAUCAAAUACACCUUAGAAUAUAAUUUAAAUAUCUAAACUUUAAAUCACCAUACGGGGUUUAAAAUGUGUUGUGUAUGAUAUUAACUUUUAGUAUUCCUGUGCCUUAGGCCAAUGGAAAUGUUUUUAAAUAAAAUGGCCUAUCUUAACAAAGGAGUUUCAAGGAUUUCAAGAUGUUGACUUUUAUUCUUUCCCUUGCCAUAUAUAUAUAUAUAUAUAUAUAUAUAUAUAUAUAUAUAUAUAUAUAUAUAUAUAUAUAUAUAUAUAUAUAUAUAUAUAUAUAUAUGCGCACACAAUCAAAAUGUUAUUGAACUUACAAUUCCACUGAUAGGUUGUAUCAACUGCUGUUUAAGACUCCUUUUUCUAGAUCAACUUAUUCAAGCUUUAUUACAAAGACUAAAACUAUGUGUAUUCUUGACUUUGUGUAUUGUCCUGUGUAGAAAGUGAUAAAUCAUACAUUUCACUGAAAUGUAAACAUAAAUAUUUAUUAAUGGUAAUCUGGAAAAUUAUUGUAAUAAAUUUUUUCCACGUGUACAGACAUGGUCUCCACUUGUCUCUAGUUCUAAAAAACACAAGCUCUUAGUGAAAGAGAUUUAAAUCGGCAGAUUAAACUGACUUUAAAUUGUAAAUUAAGCAUGAAACAUAAUUUAAUGGUCUGCUAAUCUUCCAAUUAAAAAAAACAAUAAUAGUAGUUAGAGUUUAAUGAAUAAUAUUCUGUUCAUAUAAAACAAAACUAGUGUUAUUGAUAAUAUAAACGCCUUAAUUCACCUGUAUUUCUGGAUGCUGUAGAUGCUGAUUUUACAGUAUAUUAGUAAUAAUAAUUAGUGCAAAAUGAAUAUGUUUUAAGAAUACGUUAUAUACAAAAAUCCAGUCUAGCUCGUGUUACAUUACUCAGAUAUGAUAGAAAAAUAUUAAAUAUGCUGAUUAAAAAAACUCCUUUCAUUAAAAUCAUAUCGGAGAGAAGAGUUUAGACAGGAACCAAAAUACAUGGUUAUGUUUCUGUACGACACUAUGUGGUGGGUGGUACUUUCUACAGCCACAGCAGUAUCCGGCUUCGAGAUGGACAAUAAUCACCAGGACAAAGACAGCACGGACCAGUCAGACCUGGUUUCUGAGGACGGCAAGAACGUCAAGUCGGUUCUGUGUCAGCGUUGCGGAUCCAAGGUGCUGUGCCCCGGAAUGGCUGCCUUUACAGAGAAAGAGACAGUGCUUAUUUCCCCUUCAGCUGUUUUUACCUUCAAUGAGGAAAAAGAGUGGCCUUAGCAGCACAGAGGGCUCAGUGGAUGGGGACACCCUGACUGCCCACUGACUGUGAGAUUGGACCAAUUGGCUGGCACUGUUUGGAUGACAAGAAAUGUUUCUACAUCGCUUUGGAAAGGGUGAAUCAUGUGUAGUGUAAGUGCAUAUAUGUCAGGCCACAAGAACUUUUAAAAAUGCUUUGGCAGUCUAUGCACAUCAUGUUUUUACUUUCAGACUUAUGCCUCGGCCAACCUGACCUGUCUCUCUCUCUCUAUCUCACUCACUCACACACACACACACAGCGUCUACAGAAGUACAGUAGAGUCUGGUUGUUAUAUUUGUACGGAAUUAUACAAUUACAAAACAGUGUCACAACAAUUUCUCUUAAUUACACUGACAACAGAAUGACUGUUCUGGUCUAAUAAAACUGUUUCUGAGGA